CCACCACUACACCAAAGAUUCGUAGUUUCUUAUCAGCUUUUGYAUUCAUAAAGAUGAGUCGCCCACCGGAAAUGUCUCGCAAGACACUGGCAUCAAUCCAAAUGAAUGGCAACGGCAGUGGGAAUGAAAAUAAAAACAAAAACGCUAGCGAUGCCAACAGCAGCGACUUCCACUCCCUAUGUUUCAACGUGAACGACUUUCAAGUCUUGGCCCGUAAACGGCUUCCCAAGGAUCUAUACGARUACCUCGCGUCGGGAUCGGACGACGAGCAAACUCUAGCAGAAAACCGCAAGGCCUUCUCCAGAUGGUUUUUGCGCCCUCGCGUGUUGAGACCAGUUGGAAACAUCAGCACCAAAACGGUAUUGCGUUUUGGCACGGGCAGAGCCAAGUGYGAGGUUGCAUACCCUGUCUCCAUGCCUGUUUUUGUGAGUCCGGCAGGUGUACAUGCUCUCUGCGAUAAAAUGGGAGAAUGCGCCACGGCUCGGGCGUGUGCCAAGGCAUCCAUCCUCUUUGGAUUGUCCCAGCACAGCACGAAAUCCAUCGAAGAGGUUGCAGCUGCAACGCAAUCUAGAGCGAUGCCAUCGUCAACGCUGUCUCCCUCUCUGAAGUUUUACCAGUCUUACAUCCUAAACGACAGGCGUCAGACGAUAAAUCUCAUUCGUCGUGCCAUUCGCGCGGGUUACCAGGGUCUAUUUCUUACAGUAGAUAGCGUUCGGUUUGGAUACCGAGAAGCCGAUGCGAGAAAUGGAUUCAAUGCUUUACCACCACCUCAUCGAUUGGUGAACUACGACGAGUUUGACUACAAUAGCAACGAUGACGACAUUAAUGGUGCUGAUAAUGAUAGUAAAUGUUCGUCGCGAAGACUGGAACAAACCUACAACAGCCAAGAAAAAAAGGCAUGGGACCAAAAUAGUGAGCAAAUGUUUGAACAAAAUGUUUCGUGGGAAGACGUUCGUUGGAUUAAGAGAGAGCUGCGGAAUGAACAAGAAAAGAGACGGAUGCAAAAGCCAAUACCCCUGGUAAUCAAAGGCAUUUUGACCGCCGAAGACGCUGUUUUAGCGGUUCAAGCAGGAGCCGAUGCUAUUUUACUGUCAAAUCAUGGGGGGAGGCAGUUGGAUGGAUGUCUCUCCGCCAUAGAYGUUCUACCAGAGGUGGCACACGCCAUAAAGACCAGUGGCAUCCCGAUUUGGAUCGACGGUGGGAUUCGUCGGGGAACCGAUGUACUAAAAGCCUUAGGUACGUCUGCAAGAAUUCGUGACAAUAGUACAUCGAGAUUGAAAACACCUACCAUUGAUGCAAUUGCUGUGAGUGAAAUUCCCUCGUAAGGACUUAUCUAAUCUAAAUGAUGUUCCAUGCUUUGUUUGGUCUUCUUUCUUUGAUUAUACAGCUCUCGGAGCAUCAGCGGUAGGGAUCGGGAAACCGAUAUUUUUUGCCCUCGGUGUCGGCGGAGAAGAGGCAGUAUCACACCUACUUAGCCUCUUACAAACCGAGUUUGAAGCYGCCAUGGCCAUUUGUGGGAUCGAACGAGUCGAAGACAUUCGAUCAAGUCAUGUGACGAGACAUCCCUACCCAACGUUACAUCGAUCCAAUCUUUGACCAAGUGAGACAGCGUGCUCGUCAAUUCUCAAGCAAUUGAAAUGWACGCAUAAUAAUCAAGUCAAGGUGAA